GUUAGCUAAGAAAUCUUUUUGCUCUUUGGAUCUUGCGCGCGCAUGUCGUGCUUUUUUGCAUAAAUUUACGGAGUUCACACUUCGCAGAAAAUGGCUUCGAUUACAAAUUCGAAGCAUUCUGAAGUAAACGGUGACUGUGUUUAUACCCAAAAUAAGAUGGAAUCUAAUAAAGUAACAGUUGUUUUGGGUGCGCAAUGGGGCGACGAGGGAAAAGGCAAAGUAGUGGAUUUAUUGGCUCUGAACUCCGACAUCGUGUGUCGUUGUCAGGGUGGCAACAACGCAGGCCACACAGUGGUUGUCAACGGCAAAGAGUUCGACUUCCACCUCCUGCCCAGUGGCAUCAUCAACCAGAAAUGCACUUCGGUCAUCGGCAAUGGAGUGGUCAUACAUUUGCCAGGACUGUUCGAAGAGCUGAAGAAGAACGAAUCAAAAGGUAUGGGGAAUUGGCAGAAUCGGCUCAUCGUAUCCGACCGGGCGCAUCUCGUUUUCGAUAUACAUCAGCAGGUUGAUGGUCUCCAAGAAGCCGAAAAAGGCAAAAACUCCCUGGGCACGACGAAGAAAGGUAUCGGCCCGACAUACUCGUCGAAAGCCACGAGAAAUGGAAUCAGGAUUGGAGAUUUGCUUGGCGACUUUCAAAUAUUUGAAGAGAAAUUCCGAACGCUAGCCGCUACGUACAAACGCAUGUUCCCGUCACUCGAAGUAGAUAUUGAGAGUGAACUAGCCACGUACAAGGAAUACGCAGAGAAAGUUCGUCCAUUAGUGAAAGAUACGGUCUCUUACUUGCAUAAGGAGAUCAGAAGUGGGAGGAAAGUGCUGGUCGAAGGUGCCAAUGCUGCCAUGUUGGAUAUUGAUUUUGGUACAUACCCGUACGUGACGUCAUCAAACUGCAGUAUCGGCGGUGUUUGCACCGGGCUCGGUCUACCACCAAGCCUUAUUGGUGAAGUGCUUGGUGUUGUUAAGGCGUACACUACACGUGUUGGUGACGGGCCCUUCCCCACUGAGCUGCAUGAUGAAAUGGGCAAACUCCUCCAAGAGCGCGGGCACGAGGUGGGCGUGACCACGCGGCGCGUGCGCAGGUGCGGGUGGCUGGAUCUCGUCGUUGUGCAGUACACGGCACUCGUCAACGGGUAUACCUCAUUGUGCCUAACAAAAUUGGAUAUUUUGGACAAUCUACAAGAAAUCAAAGUGGGCGUCGCGUACAAGCUGAAUGGAAAGAAAAUUGAUUACUUCCCCUCCUCCAUGACUGAGCUCAGCGCUGUUGAGGUGGAAUACGUGACAGUCCCCGGGUGGGCGUGCAGCACGGAAGAUGUCCGGGAAUUAAGCAAGUUGCCGGCAAACGCCAAGAGCUAUGUGAAGCUCAUUGAGGAGUAUUUGCAGAUACCUGUGAAAUACAUUGGCGUUGGACAAGGCAGGGAGUCGAUUAUCAGCGUGGCUUAACAUCAACAACUGUUACUUAAACCGUACGCUUAACGUGUUACUUAAUAACGGUGUAACGGUAUAACGUUAUUACAUCGGUAUUGGUUUAAUACCAAUACCGAUGUAAUAAUGACGGUAUUCAAAUAACGUUAUGACGUGCGUUGUUAGAUAAAUGUUUCAGUCUGGUGGAGUCUAUCGCAGAGUUGGAAAUUCGUUUUUUUUUUAACACUUUUUUCUAUUAUGUCAGUAUUUGACAUUUUUUAUUAUUGGAUGCGUUUUUUAUCAUUUUAAUUCAAAAUAAAGAACUUGAAUACUGUU